UGGGGCCUGAGCUUGAAUGCGGAAGUGGAGACAGGAAGCGCAGCGCAGAGAUAUUGUAGCAUCUUUAGGAGGCUUGUUAUAGUAUAUUUUUUAUUCUAGCUAUCUUUUUAAUUUCAACUAGCACUUUAACACUCAUUACCAAUCACCAUGAUUCUGUUGGAAAUAAACAAUCGGAUCAUAGAGGAGACGCUAUCGCUUAAAUUCGAAAGCGCGGCCAAUGGGAACAAGCCUGAAGCAGUAGAAGUUACAUUUGCUGAUUUUGAUGGCGUGCUGUACCACAUCUCAAACCCCAGCGGCGACAAGACCAAGGUGAUGAUCAGCAUCUCGCUGAAGUUCUACAAAGAGCUGCAGGAGCACGGGGCUGACGAGCUGCUCAAGAGGGUCUAUGGAAACUUCCUGGUGCCAGCAGAAGAUGGCUACAACGUGUCUUUGCUCUUUGACCUGGAUGCGCUGCCAGCCAAUAAGGAGGAGGUGGUCCACCAGGCGGGCAUGCUCAAGAGAAACUGCUUUGCAUCUGUGUUUGAAAAAUACUUCAAGUUCCAGGAGGAGGGUCGCGAGGGCGAGCAGAGAGCCGUCGUCCAUUACAGAGACGACGAGUCCAUGUACGUGGAGGCGAAGAAGGAUCGUGUUACCGUCGUGUUCAGCACGGUCUUCAAGGAUGACGACGAUGUCAUCAUUGGAAAAGUGUUCAUGCAGGAGUUUAAGGAGGGCCGGCGUGCGAGUCACACAGCUCCUCAAGUGCUGUUCAACCACCGAGAGCCUCCUCUGGAGCUGAAGGACACGGACGCUGCAGUGGGAGACAACAUCGGCUACAUCACCUUCGUCCUGUUCCCUCGUCAUACCAACGCCAACGCCAGAGACAACACCAUCAAUCUCAUCCACACCUUCCGUGAUUACCUGCACUAUCACAUCAAGUGCUCCAAGGCUUACAUCCACACCCGCAUGAGAGCCAAGACCUCCGACUUCCUGAAGGUUCUGAACCGUGCUCGCCCCGAUGCCGAAAAGAAAGAGAUGAAGACGAUCUCGGGCAAGACAUUUUCUCGCUAAUGGUGGCACAGUGAUCAAACAUGCUUACAGGACCAACCAGUGCUACCCGAGUGCUAAGUGGACUACAACACCCGAAUUCGGACAGCGCUUGUAGACGCCUAGAUGCUUGCAAAUCCUUCAAGGAACAAAAUAAAUUUCCUUUGAAUUUUCACACAGUUCGAAAAAAAGUCGUAAACCUUUUUAUACAGACCUUGGUAAAUUGGACAUUUGGUACUUUUUCUGCGCCUUCCCGCUGUAAUCUGCCAUGUGUCAUCUGAGAAAUGUUUAUGCAGUAUUGCUCCAUGUCUGUACUAUUGUCUUUGACUUCGUGCCAGAUUACCUGUCUGCUUUUGAACUAAUAAAUAAACCCGUCUUGGAGAAAA